UGGAAGUUCUUGUCCCUUCUGAGAUCCAUCAGGUGGAUGCCAGUCAAUGUUUGAAGCAUUUGGACUAUAUUUCUCUUGAAGCUUCUGAUGAAUUAAAUUUAGAAGCAUUUUCUGAAGGAUUAAAUUCCACAGAAUCAUCAUCCAAGUCGAACAACUGCUCUUUGAAAUGUGAAAGUGCCAAAUCAGAUUCUUCUCACUCAGAAUUCCAGAAAGUGUCUGCAGUCUGGAUCAACAUCUCGAAAAGUUCCCUUUCAGAGCCAGAAUUAGAGCUGAAACACGGAGAGGACACAGAUGGCAGUGUCCCAGAAGGGUUUGGCUGUGACAGCAGUGAUGUGUUUGCUCAUCUCUCAAAAGAGAUGCCAAUAACAAUAAGCAAUGGAAAGGAAACAUCACCGAGUGACAAACACAAUGAACGUGAGCUGCCUGGAGAUGACAGAGCUGAGACUCCAUCCCUCUCCCAGGAAUACCCCAGAGGUGCCUUGGAUCGUGGCUGCACUGAUCACCUGCUUUCUUUCCUUCCAGCAGACAAAGCAAAUGCCUCCAGAAUGGAGUCAGCACGUUCCUCUCAGUCUGAAAACCCUUCUGAGGGAGUGGAUGAGCCAUACCUGGGUGCCUCACAAAGCUGCAGCAGAAACAAAUCCUGUUCUCAGGAGGUGCCAGCACUGGGGAAUGAUGCAGCUGCCAGCCCUUCCUGCACUGAUGCAGCCUCCAGCAGGGAUAAGGGUCUCACUCCAGCUGACAGGGAUGCCUUGUUGGAAAUGCUGUGUCCUGUGGAUGAAGGAUUGUCCUCUGGAAGUGCUGACUUGCCAUCCUCUAAUAAAAAGGAUUUGUCAUUUCCAAGUGAAGAUUUUCCUCCUCCCCCUUUAGGUGCAGAUGCAAUGAAAAAUGGUGAUCCUGCCUCCAGCACAGAUGAUUUCCCAUCUCCACCAGAACAAAUGACAGGCUCAGAGUCUGGUCAGGGCAUGGAUGAAGAUACAUCACUGGAAAUGGAUGCAUUACCCCCAUUACCUGAUAACACCAUGCCUGAAGAAUUUCUCCUGCUCAGUACAGGGACAAGUGGUGCUUUUUCAACUCAGGAUGGCUGUCUCUCAGAACAAUGUACAUUUAGAGCUCUCCCCAGCUGUUUAUCAGAAAACCAGCAUGGAGAACAGGACAUGCCUUUGCAGCAUUUGGAGUUUCUGCCUGUGUCAAAUACAGAUUCUCCUGGUGGAAGUAAAAGUGCUGAAUUCCCAAUGAAACAAUGCAAAAUGGAUGAAAAGCUGCCCAGCCCUGAAGAGGGCAGUGAUGACCCAUUAUCAUCAUUUGAAAUUGGGGACAGAGUGUUGGUGAGGCACAGCCAGCCUGGAACUCUGAUGUUCAAAGGCCACACUCAUUUUGGCACUGGCCAUUGGGCUGGUGUUGCACUGGACAAAGCUGAAGGGGACAAUGCUGGGACUUAUGAAGGGGUGAAGUACUUUGAGUGUGCUCAGCACUGUGGGGUCUUUGUCAGACCUGGUGAGAUUUCACACCUCUUGGGGGUUAGCAAAAAUAGUUCCAGUGACUUGGGGGAUGAGGACUCUGACUCCUUCCAUGAUGAUGAUGACUCCCUCAAAGGAAAUUGCAAAUAUUCUGAAGAUGGUGAGCAGAGAGGGGGCUUUGCAGAGGAGAAAGCAGAAGACACAAACAGUGCAGGAGGUUCAGAAGUGAAAGAAAACCAGUCUGGGUUACACAGUGCCUUGCUGUCUGGAAAAGGGCAAAAGUUUCCCCAUUCCAGCCAGGGUAACUGUAAUGAAUUCCUCUGUCAAAAGAACUUAAUGUGCUCGGGAUCAGAUAAAGAAAAAACAGAACUGGCACAAAUAAAACAAACUAUAUUUGCAGAUGCUCUUCCAAAGAAAAGCAAGACAGAUGAGGUAAACACAAGCAAAAAUAUUUGUUGCUUGGUAGAGGAUCAGAAAAGAAUUAAACUUGCUGAUGCUAUUGCAAGUGAAGUCAGUAAAAAACUUCUGUUUGACAUUUUAAUUGCAUUUUCUGAAACAGAUCAACACAAAUAUAAAAGUGCCUUUGAAAAAGACAUGAUGAAUUAUGGCAAAGGCCUAAGGCAAGAAGACAAGCAGAAACCAUUUCUCCUCAAAGAAAAUUCAGUUGCUGCCUUAUCUGAACCAUCUGCAAUGGUUUCUGAUGUUCUGCUGGGUGAUUUUGAUAUGCUUUGCAUUCAUGGUUGUCACACAGCAACAGACAGAAUUGUAACUAAAUUUAUAGAUGAUGCAGUUAAAGAAUAUAAGAAGAUUAAAAGAAAACACAGAUCAAAAGCAGACAAGGCACUUCCUUUAUCUCCAGAGGCUUCUCCAACCACUUUGCCUCUCCUCUUAAAAAUCCUUGAUGCUGGUGUUUUUGGUAGCUCUGAAGAUUUUGAUCAGCCUAAUUCUGACCAAAAUACGCUGGUGAGACAGACACAAAAGCAAUAUUUGUACAAAUUAGACCAGUGGCACUCAGCUCCUUGGAAGAAAACUGUGGAAGCUCCUCUUGUGAUACCACAUAACAGUUCUUAUGUUAAAAAUUUGUCUGCAUGUGCUGUGGAAGAAUUAUGGACCCCAGAGAACAUAAAUUCAAAUUUCAGGAACAUCAAUGUGCCAAAGUACUUGGAAUAUAAUGAUCUCCCAGGGAAUGAUUUGGAAGCAGAAAGCAAGAGGAUGUAUAAUCAGGUUAUAUUUGAUUUGAGCCACGAGUUGCUGUGUGCAGAAUAUCAAGUGACUGCCAAGCCAAAUGUGUUCCCCUGGAUGAAAAAAAAAGUGGGAUCUCACUGCUCCAGACAUCCCUGCAGAAGGACAGAUGUCAGUGAUGUCAAGACGUUUGUUCAGGGUGAAAUUAUUAAAAUAAUGAACCUGGAAAAGAAUGACUUAGAAAUGAAAAGAAAAUUCCUAAAUAUGACCAAGUAUGGAAACUGUAAGAGAGACAGAGUGGACCUUAUUCUGAUCCAGGAGCUCCACAAAGAAGAAUCUCAGUGGACUUGCUAUGGUGAUGAUGAAUUCACAGUGAAGAUGAGGAUGACUGAAGCCAUAUUUGAUAGCUUGAUCCUUGAUACAAUCAGAGUUCUUAACAAGAUUUAUCUGAAAAAAGCCUGUUGGAAAGGUGACUGUGCACCAUCUAUUUUCAUUUAAUACACUGUGGAACUGAUUGAAAGGAGCCUGGAGAGGUGGCACAGGGAAUGGCAGGGCCUGGAGCCAGACAUUCAGGUUAAAUGUCUAUAAUUUUAUGCAAAUGAGGCAAAUACUGAUGUGAUGCACUUUAAAUUGGAGACUUUUAUAUCAGCACCUUCAAUUCCUAACAAUUAGAUAUGUUCCUGUAAUUGGGUUAUUUAUCAUGCAAUUCACAGGAGCCCAUUGAAUUUUUACAACAUCCCAAUGUGGGGUGCUGAGAAUGUACUUUAAUAGACAAAAGAGAGGAAAUCAAUUCUCCUUUGGUAUUGGCAAAACUGGAAAAAUCAAGAUUUUGACAAGGAAAUAGAAGCUCAGCAUGGCAAUUGUUCACUGUGCUAAUUGCUGUGGUCCCACCUAUUUUGUAUUGAGAAAAUCAAAAUUUUGUUAGUUCUUUUUAAAAUAAAUACUGUGCAUAUAUUUGUUACUGGGAUUCAGAAACUGUUCAUUAUUGAGUAAUUGAUUGUAAAGAGAUUUGUUUUUUCCCAAUCCUACUCAUUCAGAGUGUCUUUCAAAUAAAAUUAAA